UUGAUUGAAGCCGUUACUGCGUGUACUUGCGUCGACAGUGCAGUUUAUUUUCACAUUUGCUCAUUAUUUAUCAUAUAUAAUACGAAUUUCAUGAAUAAAAUAUAUAAGUUACCAUGAAGAGUUUGCCAGAAAAAGUCUUCCUCUACCUUUGUGUAACGUUUGCAACUAUAAAAUCAGUUUAUUCCAUAGAAUGCUACCAGUGUUCUGGGACGGACUCGAAUAAUCCGUUUCAGUGCAAUGAGUUUUUAGAAAACGAUGUUGACUUAGUCCCCGUUGACUGUGCGACGAUACAUAACGCUCAGUACUGUAUAAAACAUGUUGGGAGAUACGAAGGUGGCAUCAGCACAAAGAGGUUUUGCUCUUCAUUAGACCUGGGUAACUACUGCAACUAUGUCCAACAGCCAGGAGACAAGCUGGAGUACCGGACUUGUAUAUACACAUGUAGCACGGACGGAUGUAAUGCAGGCACUAAUUUGAAGACAUCUGCUAUUGUUUUAGUUGCUCUUUUCAUUGUAAAAUGCUUUAUUUUAUGAGAUGAUGAAUCAUUCCUCUUUUUUAACUUCAGUAUAUUAGUUUUUGACUUACCUGAAUUCCAAAACUUGCAGGUUUUACAGUAUCAUUAGUGCAAAUAUAAAUUGCAAAGACAAAUUGAGUUGGGUUGAACUAUUCAUUCGUUCAUUUGUUUCUAUCGGUUAACAUAAUCUUUCUCAUCAUAGUAAUGAUAAUUUAAAUUGAAUAUGAGAAUGAUGAAUCAAUCUUAAUAGAAUCUCAAAUUUUAACCUCUUAUAUUGCGUGCUUGUGUGCCAGAUUCAAAUAAUAAGAUACAUAGUCAUAUGUAUGUUAAAAUUAUACACGAUUAUUUCAUAUACAAAAAAAAAACACUGACUGUUAUUGGUUUUCAUUCUAAAAUCUAUCAUUUAUUUUAAGUAUCAUAAUUUUAGUUAAUAAGUAAAUAUUAGACAAAUGAAUUACUAGGUACCUUACACUGCCUUAAAAUGUGUACAAGAAUAUAUUUUUACGAUUUUUGUAAAAAAAAUUGACUACAUCCGUCCAAUCGCAUUUUGCUAGAAUAUAGUGUAUAAGAGUAUAUUUCAAGAUACAUUGACUUGUAUUUUUUCUUUUGCAGAGAACUAAUUUAUUAUAUAUAUUUCCAUUGUGUUAUGUCAUCACGUAGUUUAGUUUCUGUUAAACCGACUGACUAGAAGAUAAAAUAGUGAUCUGAAAUAUUAUACCUAUACAUGCUUUUGUAUAAUAAACAUUUUCCAUGAAAUA